GACUCUCAUGUCUAUGACUGACGUUGAACAUUUCCUAAUUCGAUCUAAAUCCUCUGAAGAAAAAAUCUAUGAAGAAGUUAGCGAGAAGAUGGCGGAGAACUCGCGGCGACGACGAAGAUGAUGAUGAUAAGCUCGCCCUUCCUACUUUUGACGACAUCGAUUCUCGGCCUAUCGAUACGCAAGAGCAAGAAGAGUACGUCAGGUCGCUCGAAGAAGCUCACGCUCAGCAAAGUCGUCAAUGGAAGAGCGUGUUCGCCGUUCUUCUGGUUUGCUACGGAGCUUUCCUCUUCUACUCCAGUUUUCAGCAGUUCAUGUCACCGUGGGAGCUGCGGUAUCAUGCCUACUUCAUGGAAGAUCUUAAGUCGUGGAUGGUCAUUUCAGCUGAGUGGAUUGCUAUCAUGGCUUGCUGCCUCUCAAUUGUGGGGCUACUAGAUAAGAAGAAUGAUCAUAGGAGGUGGUUUUGGUACUCUUGUGUUCCCGGAUCUGCAUUGGCCAUCUUUUGGAUUUACUACUUACUGAGGCUUCCGAAGUUCCGGUGGGAUGCUAUAUGGCUUCUAUUUGGUCCCCUUUGCGGAGCUGGAAUUUGUCUAUACGUGGAUCAUCUACUGGAGGAAUCAUCUGAAGAAGUGAAAAAACUAAGGAACUAUAUGUAUGCAUACAAAGCAAGGUAGAGAUAAAAGUCAUUCCAAUACACUUGAGAGUAACUCUGUGAUGGCAACAGUGCAAGUUUUGACUAAAAACAGAAUGAUUCUGAAUAAUCUCUCAUUAUUGACGCAAAACUAUAGAUUCCAUGUCAAUCACGAGAGAUUUGUCUAUAAUCUCUCUUAUAAGUUUUUA